CAACAUGCGGUGGUUAAUUAUGAAAUGUCUUGACCAUAGAGCCACGUACAAAUAGAUAGCGUCGAUGUCGACUCGGACGAAUGCAUGCACGUAAGUCGGUGGAUAGUUGACGCUCCAUGCACCCGGAAUGCAGAUGGGCUCAGUGGGUUACAGGCACUGAUGAUGAUAGUGGCAAGAGUCAGGAUCUAACAGAACCUGAUUAAGGCCUAUCUUCGGCCUUAGUCGUGAACACACUUGGCAGUUUCUGAAGACAAUACGUGUGACAGCCAUGAGGAUAUUGUUCUUAUAUUUUGCAUUUUUUAAAACAUUAUUCAGUGUCAAAAGUGCUAACUUGGAGUGUAACGCAACAUUUUAAUGAUUAACGAAAAUUUCAACAACAUUUCCCAGCAUACUGCUAGCGUAUGGGUCCAGGACUUUCAUGAUGAAAUAUCUUAGUGACAAUGUAUUCUCAAAACAGAGUUCAAUCACAGAACUCUCUGUCAGAGCAGAUAAACUUUUUCGAUUAGGGAAAAGAAUGCACUUAAGCGACGCGGCAAUACAUAGCUGCUCCAAGAAGGCAUUACAACGAGAUGUCUCCAACAGAACACCGUAUGCACGACAACUGGACGCGGUGUGUUCUGUAAUAGACUAUGUAAGAAGUCUUCGACUCAUCACAGUGGUGGCGGUUGUUGUGUUAGGUUUGAUUACAAUGGUGGUUUGCUGUGAUGUUAUACCCCCUUCGAUGCAGGAGUCCAUGUCUGGCCUCGAGUACAAGAUCACCAGAUUAGCGCGGUUGUUCGUGGAACCCUACCUGCCCACCUCGGGCGCUGACGAAUAUAUCCCGGCCGUGUGUGCUGUACCUAACCCCCUCUACUACGACCACGUCGACUGCGAACUCUGUAGUGACGUCACACAAGCCAAAGUGUUGCUAGGUGUGGCUCAGCAUGCCCAUACCGACAGGGUCCUGGGUCUCGACGUGAACGAUGGCGGUGACGAGGGUUCCCAAGAAUUUGAGACAGCGUCAGAGAAUUUGAAGACAGGAGAUAUCGAAUCAUUUUGA